AUGGAUGUUUUACAAGACUACGUCUCUCCUCCAUCUCUCCCUUUGCUUCUUGACGGCAGCCCGGGCGUUACGGCGGUGGCCCGCGCCAAUGGCAUCAGUGGUCCAGUCGCCCACAAACUUAGCAUCUAUCUACGGCAGAAGGCUAUGAAGAUGGACGCGUUCAUUGCGGAAUUAGUGAAGGCGACCGAGUACUGCGGCGUCAAGCACGUGCAAAAGGCGCUGGUGACCACACUUGGCAUCGACGCAUUGGAGUCCAUCAAACUCGUUAGUAUUCUUGUCCCCAAGGACAACAACGAGCGCCGGGACAGGUUCCUUAUCCUUGGGAUUACCUGGGACACCCUGUCGUCCGCACUGGCGAAGAAGGACAAGCUUAAGGGCGCGGUGAAAAAGACAACCGACGUUGUUGACCUUAAGAACUUGGGGAAGCGGUGGAUGGUGGCGCUCUUCAAGUCACUGACUGGAGAGAGCCUGUCAAAGCUUCAGCAGGAAGACAAGGCUACGUACGACGCUGUCUAUGACGCCUUGAAGACGAAGCUGCAGAACGCGAUGGUCAACCAUCAGUCAGAGAAGAAGAAGUCGGACUUCUUCAAGGCCAUCGGACUGACGACUGCAGACAAGGCUAAGAUCGAGACCGUGGCGACCAUGGACGCCGUCCGUGCGACCGAGCUCUUUAAGGAGUGGGUGACUGCCCAUGUCGAGGGCAGAACUCAGCCAGCAGGUCAGGAACGCAAGAAGAGCAACCACACGGCUGCAACGGAGGGCCAGGCCAACGUUAUGGAGACGCAGCAGGAGCCCCUCGGCCAGAAGAGCAGCCGCCAGGAUGGGGAUGAGGGAGAUGAUGGGGACUACAGCGGGGAGGACGACGGCGAGGGCAGGGAAGACGAGGGCGAGGGCGGGGAGGACGACGGCGAGGGCGGGGAGGACGAGGGCGAGGGCGAGUGCGCGGAGGAUGAGGGCGGGGAGGAUGAGGGUGGGGAGGACGGGGACUGGCCGUACGAGAGCGGGGAUUACAUGGGCGGGGAGGACGAGGACUGGGAGGACAAGGGAGGGGAGGAUGAGGGAGGGGAGGACGAGGGAGGGGAGGAUGACGAGGGGACGGGGGGCAAAGCCCUGCUCGAGGAGUACGGCAGAAGCAAGAGCCAGAAGGUCCACAGCAAGUCCGCGCCUCAACCAACUGGGCGCCGCAAGGUCCUGAAGGACAAGCUUAAGGGCGCGGUGAAAAAGACAACCGACGUUGUUGACCUUAAGAACUUGGGGAAGCGGUGGAUGGUGGCGCUCUUCAAGUCACUGACUGGAGAGAGCCUGUCAAAGCUUCAGCAGGAAGACAAGGCUAUGUACGACGCUGUCUAUGACGCCUUGAAGACGAAGCUGCAGAACGCGAUGGUCAACCAUCAGUCAGAGAAGAAGAAGUUGGACUUCUUCAAGGCCAUCGGACUGACGACUGCAGACAAGGCUAAGCUCGAGACCGUGGCGACCAUGGACGCCGUCCGUGCGACCGAGCUCUUUAAGGAGUGGGUGACUGCCCAUGUCGAGGGCAGCACUCAGCCAGCAGGUCAGGAACGCAAGAAGAGCAACCACACGGCGGCAACGGAGGGCCAGGCCAACGUUAUGGAGACGCAGCAGGAGCCCCUCGGCCAGAAGAGCAGCCGCCAGGAUGGGGAUGAGGGAGAUGAUGGGGACUACAGCGGGGAGGACGACGGCGAGGGCAGGGAAGACGAGGGCGAGGGCGGGGAGGACGACGGCGAGGGCGGGGAGGACGAGGGCGAGGGCGAGUGCGCGGAGGAUGAGGGCGGGGAGGAUGAGGGUGGGGAGGACGGGGACUGGCCGUACGAGAGCGGGGAUUACAUGGGCGGGGAGGACGAGGACUGGGAGGACAAGGGAGGGGAGGAUGAGGGAGGGGAGGACGAGGGAGGGGAGGAUGACGAGGGGACGGGGGGCAAAGCCCUGCUCGAGGAGUACGGCAGAAGCAAGAGCCAGAAGGUCCACAGCAAGUCCGCGCCUCAACCAACUGGGCGCCGCAAGGUCCUGGUGACCGGAAAACAUGACAAAGGGGCAUUGGAUGCCAGAGGGCGGCCCACGCGCCUGAGGCAACCCUCGGCGAAGGCGCGGGAGAGCCAAGAAACGGUGGGCAUGGUGGUGCCUGCACGAACCAAGCGUCCACGCCCUAAGGAAACCCCACUGGUGUUGCCGGAGGACCCUUCGGCUUUCGGGGCAACAGCGUCAAACCCCGCAAAGAGGAGGGAAUCGUUUGGUGUCGGUAAAGGCCGAGCUGUACAGACCCGUGGGGCUAAGGUGCCGCAGGAGAAGGGCAAGAAGGCCAUGGCGGAGAUUCGGAAGGGGGGACUGAAGAAGCAGCGGAGCGGGGAGGACGACGGCGAGGGCAGGGAAGACGAGGGCGAGGGCGGGGAGGACGACGGCGAGGGCGGGGAGGACGAGGGCGAGGGUGAGUGCGCGGAGGAUGAGGGCAGGGAGGAUGAGGGUGGGGAGGACGGGGACUGGCCGUACGAGAGCGGGGAUUACAUGGGCGGGGAGGACGAGGACUGGGAGGACAAGGGAGGGGAGGAUGAGGGAGGGGAGGACGAGGGAGGGGAGGAUGACGAGGGGACGGGGGGCAAAGUCCUGCUCGAGGAGUACGGCAGAAGCAAGAGCCAGAAGGUCCACAGCAAGUCCGCGCCUCAACCAACUGGGCGCCGCAAGGUCCUGGUGACCGGAAAACAUGACAAAGGGGCAUUGGAUGCCAGAGGGCGGCCCACGCGCCUGAGGCAACCCUCGGCGAAGGCGCGGGAGAGCCAAGAAACGGUGGGCAUGGUGGUGCCUGCACGAACCAAGCGUCCACGCCCUAAGGAAACCCCACUGGUGUUGCCGGAGGACCCUUCGGCUUUCGGGGCAACAGCGUCAAACCCCGCAAAGAGGAAGGAAUCGUUUGGUGUCGGUAAAGGCCGAGCUGUACAGACCCGUGGGUCUAAGGUGCAGCAGGAGAAGGGCAAGAAGGCCAUGGCAGAGAUUCGGAAGGGGGGACUGAAGAAGCAGCGGAGGUAGCAGACCGCGGGCAGUGAUCAGGAACCUGGAUUGCGCCUUGUCACGACAUUUUAGCGUCACGUUCAUUUUACCGUCUUUUAUAAUCGUCUUUUAUAGUCUGCCGUACGCACGUG